CAAGAACUCGUGUUUGUAGUGUUUGUAUAAAGUCGCUUGACCUUCCCCUGUGGUAUUGAUUUUAUCUUCUUCUUCUCUUUCUUCUCCUCUUUCCUCUCUCCUCCCUGCCAAUAUUGAUCCUCCAUUUCUCAUCUGCAAAAAUGGAGAAGGGACACUAUAAUGUCGACGAGUCGCUCGACUAUAAUGCUAACAAUGCCCGCCCGCAAUAUGUCGAUCCUGCUAGCGGUCAUGCAACCAAAGCUGCUGGAUUGCAGGAAGCCGGUGAGAUAUAUGGAAAUAUCGAGACGGCCGAGGAAUAUGGUUAUGUUUCUCGCGGGUAAGAUUCGAGAAUGGUCUCAAAUAACUCGUCGGCGACGAAAUCUAUCGCUAACUUGGACCCGUAGAUUGAAAUCGAGACAUAUUCAAUUUAUUGCGCUCGGUGGUACCAUCGGUACUGGUCUCUUCUUGGGUAUUGGAGGUGCUCUCACGCAAGCUGGUCCGCUGUCCAUUCUCUUGGGUUACAGUUUUACUGGUAUUGCUAUCUUUGCUAUGAUGCAGUGUUUGGGUGAGAUGGCUACGUGGUUACCUUUACCUGGAGCUAUCCCACAAUUUUGUGCUCGGUAUGCUGAUGAUGCGCUUGGAUUUGCUGUCGGAUGGAAUGUAAGUUGUGUUAUCAUUCACCUGAGGCCUGAUAUCAUAAGCUCAUACUGAUUAUGGUGGUCGAAUAGAACUGGUAUUCCGCUGCAAUUACCCUAUGUGCCGAAAUCUCAGCCGCUUCUGUCGUUAUCCAAUACUGGCCCGGAGCAGUGCAUAUCAAUGUCGCUGCCUGGAUCAGUAUAAUUAUCGUUCUCGUCAUCUGCCUCAACAUCUUCGCCGUCUCAAUAUAUGGAGAAGCCGAGUUCUUGUUCGCCAGUAUCAAAAUUAUUACAAUCGUGGGACUUUUGAUCAUGGCCUUUAUCGUAGAUCUCGGAGGAAAUCCUAAACAUGAUCGUUUGGGAUUCCGCUACUGGAAGCAUGGUCAAGCAAUGAAGGAGUAUGACUCUACAGGAAACACAGGUCGAUUCCUUGGUCUCUUCUCCACUCUGGUCAAUGCUGCCUUUUCGUAUGGUGGUGUUGAAUUGGUUGCUGUAGCCGCCGGUGAAGCUGAGAAUCCACGCAAGAACAUCCCAAAGGCAGUUCGCCGAGUUUUCUGGCGUAUCUUGUUCUUCUAUGUCCUUGGUUCCUUGGCAAUUGGUGUCCUCGUUUCCUCCAGCGAUAAACAUUUACUCAAGGCUCAAGAAGAAGGUGCUGCUGGUGCUGCUCGAUCCCCAUGGGUUAUUGGUAUUCAAAAUGCCGGUAUUCCAGUUUUACCAUCAAUCAUCAACGCAGUCAUCUUAACCUCCGCAACUUCUUCCGCUAAUGCCUUCCUGUAUACCGGAUCUCGUUAUUUGUUCGCUCUCGCUCAAAAUAAACAGGCUCCAAGGUUUCUUCUCCGAUGCAGUAAGGCAGGUGUUCCAUACUGGGCUGUCCUUUGCACAGCAGCGAUAUCUCUCAUCACAUAUUUGUCCGUUGGUUCAGGUGGUGCAUCGGCUGCCUUCGCAUGGUUCCAAAAUUUAACCACCAUUGCAUCUCUUUUCACAUGGUGCUCCAUUUGCGUUGCCUACAUUCAAUUCCAUAAAGCAUUAGAAGCUCAAGGGGUCGACAGAAAUACUCUCGUCUUCAAAAGUAAAUUCCAACCAUACACCGCAUACAUCUCAUUAGGAUUCUUCAUCAUCAUCAUCCUCUUCAAUGGAUUUGAUGUCUUUGUUGGCGAGAACCACUCUCACUGGAAUAUCACCAGUAAGUACAUAUUCUGAAUCUUUUGCGAAUAAUAACAAACCUAACCUUGACGAUAGGUUUCCUCACCGCAUACAUCGGAAUUCCAAUCUUCUUCGUCCUUUACGGCUUCUGGAAAAUCGUCAAACGCACAAAAUGGGUCUCACCAGCUGAUGCGGAUAUCUAUACUGGUAAGGCGGCACUGGAUGCUGAGGAUGGUCAAUGGCCGGAUUUAACACCGAGAAAUGUUUGGGAGAGAAUUUGGUUCUGGAUUGCGUAGAGUAGAUGAGGGCGUGGAUAAUUUUUGCUUUAAUUACACGAAGUGUAUUUUGUAUGAUGGAUGAAUGGACGGAUGCAUUGAAUACCCAAUUAGGCUCAUAUAUCUCACCCGUUGCGUGCGUUUUGACUGCAUACCCUAUGAUGAUAUGCAGAUAAUAAAG